GAAAAUGAAAAAUAAUGUUCCAUUAUUAUGGUCUCCGUUGUUCCUUAUCUCUUCAACUUCACUUCUCCUGUUCUUUCAUUGGACCUUCCACCCAUAGCUUCUCUUUUUCUUUAUUAUCAUUCCUCCGAAGAAAAAUAAUGCUCAAAAUUCAACCAAUUAAAUCUUAGUCAUCAGCUUUUAUGUCACCUAGUCUAUUUGGUUGAGUUUUGAAUUUAAGCACUCUGAAUUCGAUUAUUUGGGAUUAAGAAUCUUGGAAAAUCAUGAAGAAGGAUCAUCAAGAGAGUUGUGGUGGCGGCGGUGUUGGUGGUGGUAAUAUCAAAGGUGAAAGUUCAUCGAAGGCGAAGAUGUGGGAAGAUAAGCAAGAUACAGGAGGCAUGGAUGAGUUACUGGAGGCUUUGGGUUACAAGGUCCGGGCUUCAGACAUGGCUGAUGUGGCUUUGAAGCUCGAACAGUUGGAGAUGGUGAUGGGCACUGCUCAAGAAGAUGGGAUUUCGCAUCUCGCCACUGACACUGUUCAUUACAAUCCCUCUGAUCUCUCCGGUUGGGUCGAGAGUAUGCUCUCCGAGCUUAAUAACACCACUUUCGAUACACAGCCUCGCCCAAUUCCAGAUCCCGCUGAAUCCUCCACCUUCAACCCAAUACAACAGGCUAACAAUCAAUCAAGAAUCUUCAACGAUGAUUCCGAGUACGAUCUCCGAGCCAUCCCCGGCGUUGCAGCGUAUCCACCACAACCCGAUUCAGAAGCCGAAAACAACCGCAACAAGCGAGUUAAAACCUCGGUUAAUCCUAGUGGAGCAUCAGGUAGCGGAGUCGCUGGUUCAAAUCCUGAGUCAACUCGUCCCGUGAUGGUGAUUGAUUCGCAGGAAGCGGGCGUUCAACUCGUUCACACACUUCUGGCGUGUGCGGAAGCGGUUCAGCAAGAUAAUUUGAAACUGGCUGACGCGCUUGUGAAGCACAUAGGUUUGCUUGCGGCGUCGCAAGCGGGGGCUAUGAGAAAAGUUGCCACCUAUUUCGCCGAAGCUUUAGCAAGAAGAAUCUACCGAAUCUACCCUCAAGAUGCUCUUGAAUCAUCCUACAACGACAUCCUUCAGAUGCACUUCUACGAGACGUGCCCGUAUCUGAAGUUCGCUCAUUUCACGGCGAAUCAGGCAAUUCUCGAAGCCUUCGCCACCGCGAAUCGAGUCCACGUCAUCGAUUUCAGUCUUAAACAAGGUAUGCAAUGGCCAGCUUUAAUGCAAGCUCUUGCAUUACGGCCCGGUGGCCCGCCUGCCUUUCGUUUAACCGGCAUCGGGCCACCGCAGCCCGACAACACUGACGCUUUGCAACAAGUUGGCUGGAAAUUGGCCCAAUUUGCCGACAACAUUGGCGUUGAAUUUGAGUUUCGCGGAUUCGUCGCCAACAGCUUGGCCGAUCUUGAACCCGAAAUGCUCGAUAUACGACCCGAAGUUGAAACCGUCGCGGUUAACUCGGUCUUUGAACUUCACCGUCUCUUGGCCCGUCCUGGUGGGAUCGAAAAGGUUGUGGCUUCUAUCAAAGCGAUGAAGCCCAAGAUUAUCACAAUCGUUGAACAGGAAGCGAAUCACAACAGUCCGGUUUUCUUGGAUCGGUUCACUGAAGCGUUACAUUAUUACUCGAGUUUGUUUGACUCGUUGGAAGGUUCUUCCGUCACUCCAGGGAGUCAAGAUUUGGCCAUGUCCGAGGUGUAUUUAGGAAUGCAAAUUUGCAAUGUUGUCGCUUACGAAGGCUCCGAUAGAACAGAGCGGCACGAAACGUUGACUCAGUGGCGAGCUCGGUUGACAUCAGCGGGAUUUGACCCCGUUCAUUUGGGUUCGAACGCGUUUAAACAGGCAAGUAUGUUGCUGGCAUUGUUUGCUGGUGGCGACGGUUACAGAGUAGAGGAGAACAACGGUUGUUUAAUGCUUGGGUGGCACACGCGGUCGCUCAUUGCCACCACGGCAUGGCAACUAGCUGGUAGUGAGUCGUAAUAGCGAGUUAAGUAGUGAAACUCAAAUGACUAGGUGGAAGUGAGUGGGGAAAGGGAACCAACCUACGUGUGUGAUUUUAUUUAGUUUAAUAUUGAGUGUAACGAAGAAUCUUGUGUAUAUCUAUAUUUAAUAAUCGUUUUUCUUUUUUAA